AUGGCAGAAUCCGAUUCUUCUGACUCUGACCUGCUGUGGUAUUUAGAGAAGCUCAGCAGAAAGGAAUGCCACAGUCUGAGGAACCUCCUGGGACAAGAAUGCAUGGAGAUUGGACUCCCGCCCAUCCCCAGGCUCGAGCUAAGCGAAGAAAAGCCAGACCUGGCCCACCAGUUGACAACAUCUUACGAGGCCCAGCACCUCUGGAACUUGAUGUACAACAUCUUCCACAAGAUCCCGCGGAAAGACCUCUGCGAGACCAUCAACGCGAGGCGGAACCGGAACAAAGAGGCACACAAGAUCCUCAUAAAGAAGAAACUCCAGGGGGAAAGGUGCCUUCGCAACCGCAUCCAUGACACAUUCUGUCAGGACAUGAUCCUAGAGCUCGUCGGCAAAUUCGACUUCGUCUUUCGCCACGUGAGUCUGGAGGCAUCCAAGGCCCUGAACGUGUUUCUGAUAGGGCAGCAAGCCUCUGGGAAGACGAUGGUCCUGAGAGGGGCGCUGUACGAGUGGGUCAAUGGCAACAUCUGGGCGGACGUGUUCUCCUACGUGAUUCACCUCCCUUCUCACGACCUCAACCAGAUGACCUCCGGCAGCUUGGUGGAGCUGAUCUCCAAGGACUGGCCCGAGGGCCAGGCUCCCGUGGCCGACAUCCUCUCCGAGCCGCAGAAGAUCCUGUUUGUCCUCGAGGACUUGGACGACGUGGACCUCACCUUCCGCAUCAGCCGGCAGGCUCUGUGCACCGACAGCAGGCAGCAGCUGUCGACGCCCGUGCUGGUGGCCAGUUUGCUGACGAGGAAGCUGGCCCCAGGCUGCCGCUUCCUCAUCACGUCGAGGCCCCAAGGCCAGGCCGUCACCUGGGAUCUCAUGAAGAAGACGGACACGCUCAUGACCCUGUCGUUCUCCCGUGAAAAGAGGCAGAAGUAUUUCACCUUGUUCUUCAGGGACGGCCAGCGGGCCGAGGCGGCCUUCCAGCUCGUGCAGAAGAACGAGCUCUUCUUGCACCUGUGCCAAGCCCCCAUCCUCUGCUGGGUCACCUGCGUCGCCCUGAGGCGGCAGAUGGACCAGGGGGCGGACCUGAAACGCUCGUGCCAAACGCUCACCGACAUCUACACUCAUUUCCUGGCUGACACGCUGACCUCCCAGGCUGCUGAGGGGCGCCCCCGGGUCCCCCUGCAAAGCCUCUGCUCAUUGGCCCUGGAAGGAUUGCUCCACAACACGCUGCACUUCACCGAGGAGGACCUCAGGAGCGUGGGGUUCAGCCAGGCCGACAUCUCCACGUUGCAGACCCUGGAGAUUCUGUGGCCCAGCAGCCACCUGAAAGGCCAUUACAGGUUCAUCCACACGAAAAUCCAGGAGUUCUGUGCGGCCGUAGGGUUCAUGCUGCCGCUGGCCGAGCGCGGGAUCCCCUCGGCCUGGGGCCGGUGGAAAGGGAAACGGGAGCUGUCCGAUGACCUCAGUGCGGUCAUUGCCUCCAUGUUGGGGCUCCUGAACAAGAAGAGGAGGCACACUUUCGAGACGGCCCUCGGCUGCCGCCUCCGGACAGACUCCGUCAGCCAGUACCUGCUCACGGAGAUGAGGAGUUUCGGUGAUAACGUGAAAGCCAUUGGGCACCACACACCUCUGUUUCACGGUCUCUUUGAGAACCAGGAGGAGGAAUACGUGAAACGGAUCCUGGACUCCUUUCUAGAAGCGGCUGUUUAUGUGAGAGACCACCGAGACCUGAUGGUGUCGUCCUACUGCCUGGGGCGCUGUCGUCGUCUACAGAAGCUGAAGCUGACGGUUCAAAACAUCUUUGAGAACAAGUCUAAUGAGCAACCAACUCCUAGGUUGACCUAUUUCUCGGUCGACACCAGGUUCGAAGACCUGUUCAAGGCAAUAGUUCACAACCGGAACCUGACGUGCCUUUGCCUGAGUUGCAUGCCCAUCUCUUUGAAGGUGUUCUCGCUUCUGCACCAGGUCUUCACCAAUCCGACGUGCAGCAUCCAGCACCUGAGCUUAAUGAAGUGUGAUUUGGAAGCCAGUGCCUACAAACAGCUCGCCUCUCUGCUCAUCAGCAGCAAGAACCUGAAGAAACUGACCUUGUCCAAAAAUGCGCUGAGCAGGGACGGGAUGAAAAUCUUCUGUGACGCUUUGUUCCAUCCAAACUGUGUUCUUGAGUCGCUGGUGUUGCUCUUCUGUUCUCUCACAUUACGUUCUUUAAGCUUAAUCGCAAAAAGUCUCGUCCUCACCGAAACUCUGAAGCAUCUGGAUGUGAGCGUGAAUAACAUACGAGAUAACGGAGUGCUGGUGUUGAUGAUGGCCCUGGUGUUCCCAACCUGUUCGGUGAGAGAGCUGGAGAUAUCCGGCUGCUUUUUCACGGCUAAGGGCUGUGAGUACAUGGUCUAUGUGCUGCAAAAUAACCCCAACCUGCAGAGCCUGGAGCUCGGGAGCAAUAACAUCGGGGACGCGGGAAUGGAGCUGCUGUGUGGGGCUAUGAGACAUCCAAACUGCAAUUUGGAGAACAUCGGGCUGGAAGAGUGUAUGCUCACCGGUGCCUGCUGCGCAGCCCUCGCCUCCGUUCUCAGCAGCAGCAAAACUCUGAAAAAAAUCAACCUGCUUGGAAAUAAGUUGGGCGACGAAGGAAUUGUGCACCUUCUCGAGGGCUUGGCUCACCCAGAUUGUGUCCUUCGGACAGUCGGGCUCGACAUAAAGGAUCUGAACGCAGAAACCAUGACGUUGUUCACGACCGUCACACAAAAAACCUCCCACCUGCACGUCACGGACCAAUCCUGGGCGAAGAAGGAAGGCAGGGAAGUCAGCUGUAACCUGGGGGACGUAAGCCUUUCUCGGUCCGUCCUGCGGCUGCCCGACCUGCCCUGGCAUUUCCCCUCCUCAGACUCCAGAGGAAAUCAGCCACCGCUCUGAGGACCUGCCUCCGUCCUGCCCUCCCCACAAAGUGUGGGGCAUGAAUUCCCAUCGCGGCUGGGAUGCAGGAGAACGGGUUACGGGUUCUUGUCCAUAUCUGUUUGGGGACUUGAUGGAGUCAACCACUUUCUCUAUAAGCUCCCACACUGUCCACAGGAGCAGUAAAAGCACUCUGCGAAGUAAUAAAAGGUCACAAUGCAUCGGGAACAAGUCCCCUUCUAUCGGGGGCCGUGUGGAGCCACUGAUUGGAGACCCUGGUCCCUUCACUCCUGUCCAGUGG